UAAUCUAUAAUCUAAAAUCUAAAACUCUUCCACCAAACGCAUAAGCGAAAAUCUCAAAGAAAGCGAUUCUCUCUAUCUUUUAACUAUCCAAACACGAAAUAAACAAAACCAGCUUAGCUUUUGAAUUGAACUAACAAACAAAACGACAGCCAAGAUGUUUCGGGAGACAAUCGCCGUGUCCGCCGCCACGACGCGGUGGGCGAGUCAUCAAACUCAGUGGACUCGCGACCACGACAAGCUCUUCGAGCGAGCUCUGUUGAUCGUGCCGGAGGAUUUACCGAACCGGUGGGAGAAGAUCGCCGAGCAAGUUCCCGGUAAGUCGGCGGCGGAAGUUAGGGAUCACUAUGAAGCUUUGGUUCAUGAUGUGUUGGAAAUUGAUUCCGGUAGGGUUGAGGUUCCGAGUUACUCUGAUGAAUCAGCGGUGGUCAGUGGUGGUGGAUUGAAUGAAUGGGAUUCUUCUAAUCAAAUUUCGUUUGGUUCUAAGGUUAAACAUGGCGGUGAUAACGAGAGAAAGAAAGGAACACCGUGGACUGAAGAAGAACAUAGGUUAUUUCUUAUUGGGCUUAGCAAAUUUGGGAAAGGAGAUUGGAGAAGCAUAUCAAGAAACGUUGUUGUGACAAGAACACCGACUCAGGUAGCUAGCCAUGCUCAGAAGUACUUUCUUCGCCAGAACUCGGUGAAAAAAGAGAGAAAAAGAUCAAGUAUUCAUGACAUUACAUCCGUUGACAGUAACUCUGCUCCCGCGCCUAUCGAUCAGAAUUGGGUUCCUCCUCCUGGUGGCGCUUCAAUUCAACAGUCUCAAGAAAUGCAGCAUUAUCCAUCAAACAAUUUUCAAGAUCAAAUGGGUUCAUUUGGGUAUUCAACUUAUGGCUUUCAGAUCUAAAGAAUGUGCUAGCUAGAAGCAGUGUGAUUUUGUAUAUAAUGCAUUAGGUUUUUCAUAUUUAUCUGCUUUUAGUUGUGGUGUUUAUGGUGUUUCUAGAUGAUAGAGUAACUAGGAGUAUGUUGAUAGUAAUUGAAUUAUUAGUUGUUAUAGUUACUCGAAAGAAAUAGGGAAGUUUUAGGAAUAUGAAUUCAACAGGAAUGGAAAAUUCUUUCUCUGUCCAA